UUGUGCCUGUCUUCAAGGUUGAGUAGAGCCGAAGAGCACAACGCUUCUGCAUCAAUGUAGCAACGUGCAAUAAUAAUAUUACGCAAAUUUACCGGGAAAACGUGUCAAUCCGUGCUGCUGAGUGUCGGGAAAUGAGACCUUUAAACCUCACAGGUGAUCUUAAACGCCAAAAGAGACGCAGUCUUUUUCAGACAAUUUAGGCCAAGAUACUUUCAAGAAUGUCUCCUUCACGGCUGUACACUCCAUCUGUGAUGCCUCCUCAAAAUUCUUUUAAUGUCACAGGCAGCUUCUGCACAGUGGAGAAUAUCUCAGAGUGCAUUCUUUACAUCAAUCAGGAAUUGUCAUCACUGGGCUUCCCACCGAUUUUCCGUAACCAGGAUGGCAUCCGUGAUGUGGAUGCCGUGGUUGCCUUAAAUAACAUAUAUGACCUACUGCAGCUGCACCGUCAAACUGUUGGAAUGAUGGAGGAUCUGGAGGUGGAUCAACUAAAGUCCAGCAGUGACCUCCAUUACCAACAUCUCACCAACUCUAGACUAAAGGACCAGCUUGAACUUUCGAAAAAGGAAAACAUGCGGUUGCAUGAAAGAGAACGACAACUGGAAACAAAUAUGAAGACUUUGCAAAACUGCCUAAAGGAUGCAAAAGAAGAGGUACAAAGGCUGCAGGGCAUCAUUGCGAGCCGUGCCACACAAUACAGCCAUGAUAUUAAGAGAAGGGAAAGGGAGUACAGCAAAGUCAAGGAACGUCUCAAUCAGCUACUCAUUGCCAGAAAAGAUAAACAUGGAAUGGAAGUUUUGAAUUAUGUUGGAAGGCCGGACGGGAGAAGGUGUCUUUGGAAAACUGGAAAAACUGAAGCUAGACAUGAGGGAGAGAUGUACAAAACUCUUCUCAACGAAUUUGAUAAUCGGCAAAGGGAGCUUAUGAUGGAAAACAUGGAGCUGAAGAAAGUGCUACAACAGAUGAAACGUGAGAUGAUGGCGGUUUUAAAUUCAAAGAACAUUUGCAAAAAAGAAGAGAAACAGAGCAAUCAUGUAGAUCAGCAAACAAAUUCAGAUGAUGAGGAGAACUCGUUUAAAGAACUUCCCGGGAUGUCGUGUGAUCAUGCCCGAGAGAAACUCACCAAUAGCAUUCGUCAGCAGUGGAGGAAAUUAAAACAUCAUGUUGAGAAAUUGGACAACCAAGCGUCUAUAGUGCAAGCUGAUGACAAUGAAGAGAUGAUCUCCAAACAAGUCCAUGAUGAGGAAACAGAAAAGCUUAGACUAGAAAUUCAGCAGUGCAAAGAAUUUAUUCAGACUCAACAGCAACUUCUGCAGCAACAGCUUAACACACCCUGCGAUGAGGAGACUGGGGCCGUGCUGAACGAUUGCUACAUGCUGGAAGAGAAGGAACGCUUAAAAGAAGAAUGGAGAGGUUUUGCGGAACAGAAGAAAAACUUUGAAAUGGAAAGAAGAAAUUUCACAGAGGCUGCCAUCAGAUUGGGUCAUGAGAGAAAAUCUUUUGAGGAUGACCGUGCAAUGUGGCUCAAACAUCAGUUUCUAAACACAUCAUUUGGAGACCACAUGAAACCACAGUGUCGCAUGACUGAUGAAUUAUCAAGGCACUCUGUUCAUGAAGAGAAAAACCUUCCAAUUUCUGCCAAAGUGAGCAAAUCUCAUCUUUAGUUCAUCUACAUCACGGAACCCCCUGCAUAUUAAUACAUGAAUAGAGGAAUAUUGCUCUAGUAUGAAUAAGUAGUUUACAAGUCUGCCAGAAUCUUUCGGAGGAACAUUCAAAAUGUGGACAUGAAUGUUAAGCUUUUGUGUCAAAUGUGAAUUUGUAAUAAUAUAAGAUUGUUAGACUUAUGACUGCUGAAUCUUUGACAGAAUUAAAUACUUGACUGAGCAAUGCUUUACAUACGGUGUAUGCGGGCGAUCACAUAGAACACGCUUGUCAUGUUCGAAAACGCGAGGCGCGCCGUGCACAGCAUUUUUUUAUGUUGCUAGGUAACCACCGAAACAGCUGUCCUGUCAGUCAAGGAUUAUUCGAUUGUUUAGUCUGAUGUGAAGGUCAUAUACUGUUUCCGGGUCCAAACGCUCAAUAAGAUGCUAUAGGCAAACAACAAAAAAUGCUAAUGUACGCUCAUGGCGAGCUGUAAAACUAUCGGAAAACCACGAUCCUAACCUUUAUCUUUGUAACGAUAUCUCACAUGGCCAGUCAGUGAUAAAUUUUUCAUAAUUUAUUCAAAUAUUGAUGUCGGAGAUCACGUAAGCCUGGAGACUGUAGUGUAUACUGUGAGUUAAUAAAUGCUCCGCUUAAAUAUGCAAUGUGUGUAAACAGUGCUCAUUAACAGCUGUUUAAGCUGUAGCCCUGCUUGAAAUGAAUAGAUGCUUGGACCCAGAAACGGUAUUCCUUACGUCACCACUUAAAGCCACAAUAUGGAAUAUUUGGACCGCUAGAUGGCGCACUUUCGAAACAACAACACAAGGUGAAGCUAAAUGACGUUAUGUAGGAGAGUGGAAUUAUGGGACAUGCCGUUUUCACCAUCCAGAGGCGUAUGGAGAUCGCCCAUCAUGUUCACGGACGAGGUAAUGAAUGAAUUUUAUUUUAUGUCAUCGUAAUGAAUUAGCUUGCAAGAAAGGUGGAAUGUAAUGCUACGUUAGCCCGCGACUGAUAUUGGACUUUGUCCAUUGAUUUGGUAGCGUAAUGCUACACAGUUUUACGUGUUUAAAACAGUCAUACAGUCGUCGUUUAAAAAGUAAAUUUGAACGAACCCACAGCAUUUACAAGUAACGUUAUUGGCUAUAUAUUUUUGUGCGACAUAUACUGUAUUUCAUAGGGUGACUGCAUUCAUAACUAUUCAAAUAAUCUGUGCAUGAGUAUUUUGUGUACAAUAAAAAAAAGUGCUUACCUGUCUAUUAAAACACAUGCGAGAGCAGAGUCUCUGUCGAGUCAAAGUUGGUUCGCGAAGCUCUCUCCAUUUAGAAAACGCCACGCUGAUAUUAAUCCUUGUUUUAUUUCUUCAUUUGUCCAUAAGCCUGCUUGCCUCGUUUGGCCUACGUUUACACUUUUUUAGGUUUCCUUUACUCGCCAAAGAGUAAUCGUGAUCCAUAAUAACAGAACAACAGUUGCUGCUUCCCACAUGCUGUAUAACCACUUCCGCAUUUGCGUGUUGCCGUAGUUUCUACAACCGGAAACUGAGGGUAGUGCGGAGCAGCAGAUAUGAAGUCACUGAUAUGCGACAGAGACAAGGGACGGGCCAUUAUUUUAAAUAGGAAUUUCUCUGGAUUGGCACAUUCUUGGGAACAUUUGGGAUAAUGUAAGUACACAACUGCAUGAAAUAUAUCACACUGUGCAAGUGAUUUUUGGAUAUUUCAUAACAAAAUUAUUCCAUAUUGUGGCUUUAACAACAGAAUAGUUGCUGUUAACUAUCAUAUAUAGAAUGUGAAGCUGACGUCACGCCCUAUGUUGCAUGUUGCAGUGGCGCCAUCAUCUAGGAAGGAUAAUAAUCCACUGCUAUUAUUGCUUUGUACCGUUACUUGUUUUGUUUGAUAUAUGGAGAAAUCAAAAGUGAAAGAACCAUAUGGGUUUUUCUUGAACAACUCUGCGUAAUGCUAUUGCAGUUUUUAACACAGGUAGACCGACCUACCAUAGUUAUAUUUCCUAAUCAAACAAGAAAAACAAAACACUGCAUUGAAUGCACUCGCAGCAAUGCUCCUAAGAUGGCGCAACAUUCAACACGGUGUGAUGUGGAUUCACAAGCUCUAUUAUCAGAAAGAAAGGUACAAGCAGAGGGCGCUUGGACUGACCUUGCUCGGUUAACCGUGUCAGGGGCUGAUCAGACAGAAUCAGAUCAGCUUCUUUUGAAUUGUUUUCAGUUGGCAGUGAGUGUUUGGGCGCCUCGCGUUUUUAGCGGAGCGCUCUUAAGUUGAAAAAAACUCAACUCUGAGAAGAAAAUCGCUUGACGUCACGUGCCUUUUUCCCCCAUUGUCUAAUCGAAUGAAAGGAGAGGCGGGCUUUCCGACGCAGUGACAGAACUUUGCAGUUGCUUGAAAUGACCGUAGACCGCAAUGAUGAAGGAGAAACUUGUGUUGGCUGACUCGGGUUAACCGACCAAGGUCAGGGCAGGAGCCUUCUGCUUGUACCUUUUUAAAGUUUCUGAUAAUAUAUGACAGUUAACAGCAAAUAGAGCGCUCGCGCUAUAAUCCUUGACUGACAGGACAGCUGUUCCCUAUCGAGAGCGGUCUCUCGACAUUGCGGAAGCUUCCGCAUAUGGGAACUCC